AUGGAAGGCGACGAUGCCAGCAACGGCGCUACGGCGGCCGCUCAAAUGGAGGAAAUACCGCCGCCAGUUGGAUACAUUUACGAUGAAGUCAGUUGGUUCAGCCGUCUUUUCUUCCGCUGGCUGCGCCACUGGGUUCACAACAUCCGCAAGGCUGCUUUUGAACCUCAUAACCUUCACCCUCUUCCAAAAUCUGAUCAAAUUGCUCUAUGGCAACCCAUCUUUUCAAAGCAUGUGAGUGAUGGCAUUAUACGUGCGGAGAAGGCGAAAUAUUACAAAAUAUCUGGAGGAAAAGGUCCCGCUCCAAAGAAACCAUAUCACAGUAUCGUCAUGCGAGCGCUUUUCAAAACAUUCCGCAACCGUGUCAUUCUUAUUAUGAUGGCCACCAUCAUUUUGAAUGCCGUGGGUGUGGGUAUGUCGAUGUUGUUGAAAAAGAUGAUUGAUGUUAUGGUUUCAAAGCAGAAGGACUACAUUCAAAUCAUCAUGUACUCCGUCAUGAUUGCCACGCUGGAGUUAGCGGUCUCUGUAUUAGAACAACACCUUACAUUCUAUAUCUCACGUGUGGAAUGUAUCAUGGAAUCUUCUAUUUCUAUUACGUUUUUCCAACACGCUAUGUGUCAUCGUCGUGCCUACGCUGCUGAAGCGGAUGAUGGCAAUAACCUGUCAGAGUGCAAAGGCAUCAUCCACUCGUGGCCAUGUGAAAAUGAGACAUGUGCAGAGAACCCCUUAAACUGCCCAGCUCGUAGAUAUCAGAAUAAAGAGUUCACGCCCAAAAUGUACUCGUUGCUCCUCUUGGAUACAUACGCGUUAAUGUUGCCGGUUGAUGCCUUGAUCAUUUGUGUACGUCUAAUAACAACGUUCGUCACAGCUGUGGUUAUCAUCCGAGGUAAGAUGGGUGUCGCCGUGCUACCGUCGAUCCUGAUUUUGGGUGGAACUGUGCUUGUGAGCACUUUUAUUGAAGUGACAAACGGAAAUGUAUACCUGCAUUCGAUGAACUGCAAGGACUACCGUUACACAAAAACUGCAGAAAUUAUGGGAAGCUUCAACAUCAUUAAGUUCAUGGGUCUUGAAGAUAUAGGUUAUAACAUCAUCCAGAAUUCGCGUGAAGAUGAAAUGUCAGUGUUGUUCACCCAUUCGGUCUUGUGUGCUUUCAAUGGCAGUAUGACCAUGACUAUAGGUUCCAUCGUCUUCUUGGUGAUGUUACUGGACUAUGUGCGUGAUGUAACUGACAAAUCGACAGGCACCGUGUUCGACGUUGGUGCGCCACUCACGAUUAUGUUCAUUGUCAGCAAAUUGACCAAGGCUACAGAGAACUUCCCUAAGACUGUGAAAUUCCUUGUCGAAGCUUUAGCCUCGAUCACGCGUGUUGAAAAGUUCUUGAGUGGUUGUUCACCAAAUUAUUAUCUUGCGGCACAGACAGAACAACAGGUGACCAUUUCUGACGAGGCCAUAAGGCAGUCCACAACACCAUCUGGCAGGCUUCCUUCGACUGAUACUUUGGUUUACUUCAACCAAGCAUCGUUUGCCUGGUACGAUAGCUGUGAGUCGAACAUGUCCAGUAAUCCCGAUGAUCCCAUCAUAUUGAACGACCUAUCUUUUAUGUUAAGAUGUAAAGAAGCUUGCAUCGUAACUGGUAACCAAGGUUGUGGUAAGACAAGUUUCCUCAAGGCUGUGCUUGGAGAGAUGAGUUUGGUUUCUGGUAGCAUGGCAGUGGCGCCUUUAUCUGNAAUGCCCAUAUUCUACAGUUCACAAGAUGUAUGGCUACCUAGAGGCACCAUUCGUUCUAUCAUUACCUUCGGCCAUCAAUAUGACGAAGAGGUAUACAGCCAAGUGGUGCGUUCAGCGGAGCUUGAUACAGAUUUCAAGCAAUGGGCCGAUGGUGAUAUGCGUAAGGUUUCGGAGCAAGGUUUUUCAUUGAGUGGUGGGCAACGUGUAAGGGUGAGCCUUGCACGUGCUCUCUACGCGUACAUGAUCUAUAGCAGGGCUAAUGAAGACCUUGACAAUAGGUCUUGUUUGUUGGUUUGUCUCGAUGAACCUUUCCACGCUUUAGAUCCUAAGGUUGCGGUAUCCAUUCUCGGCAACCUAUUGAACAGAGAAAAUGGUCUUCUUAGACGUGAUGAUGUUGGUGUUAUUAUGACGGUUUCUAAGGUUACCAUGGACACAUGUUUCACAACCACCGAUAUCCUUAAAAAGGUGGGUGUGUCCGUCUAUCACAUAGAAUCUAGCGGGUUAGCGGUAACCCAUCAUGCCGAGGUUCCUCCUCCUUCUACACAUAUUCCCGAAUUGGCCGAGAUCCUUGCGCGUCCUGCGUCAGCCAUAACUAACAAUCCCAGAUCACUUUCGGGUAUGCCUGAUGACGUGCUUCGAGCCAACGUGCUAAACAUCUCCACAUCUCCCUUCGGAAAAUUCAACCCUCAGAGAGAGUGCCGUCCAACGGAGCAGAGGGAGAAAGGUAACGAUCUACAUCAAAGACUGGGAAAUACUUCCGAUUCCUACAAAAUAUACUUCUCGACUGUAGGUUAUGUGACCUGUGCCAUGAUUACUCUGAUGUUAUUAAUGGCUAUUUCCUUUAACAAGGCCAACUUCAUUUUAGUAGCCGUUUGGUCCGAUGCGGUUAAAGGCGACAGCGAAAAGUAUGUGUUAACGGACGAUAGCAUUAAGUUGUUGAAGGAUAACGAACACUAUUUGACGAUUAUUAUUGCAUUUACGACAUUGUAUGUCGUUUUGACAUGCGGUAAUUCUAUUUGGACAUCUGUCGCCAACUUGUGCGCUUCCAUGAAACUUCACUUAUUCGCCUUGAACUCCUUGUUCUUCAAGAGCAGUGAAGAGAUUCCACUAAAGAAGUCAGUUGGUGACACUAUUACUUUGCUAUCUGGUGAUUUGUACUUCAUCGAUGAAGUUUUGGGAAGGUCAUGUCUAUUGUCAUUGAUGUCUUUCCUGAGGUUGCUCGUUCACUUCGGGACUAUGUGUACAGCCGCACCUGUAGUUGUUCCUAUUCCUAUACUGAUGGUGUGGUUUUUGUACGCAAGGAUUUUCGAUAACCACAUCAAAUCAUCAAACAAGUUACAGUGCUAUAUGUUUGAUGCGUUGUCCAGGAUCAACGGAAGGUAUUUGGAUAUUGCCUCGGGUGCUUCGAUUUAUCGUAGUUACAGGAGAGAAGCGCAAUGUAUGGAAUAUUUGUAUGAGAGUUCAGACUACUACUUUCGCACACGUUUUAUGAGGAGAGCACUUCCAUCCUAUAUUUUGGUUAUUUCUAAGCUUUUGACAUCCUGCGCUAUUGUCACAGUAACUGUGUUACUGAUUAGCUUCUCAGUUUUAACGGGGCGUGAACUCCGAAUUGCUGAUUUGGGACUCAUCAUCACGCUGUUUUUGGAACUGAAUGCUCUUAUUGGUGUCUUCGUCAACAGUCACGGUGUUGCCGAAAGGAUUAUGUGUUCCAUGUCGCGUUUCGAGAACUAUUUGAUCCGCGGCAAGUACAGUCUUAAGGAGAAGUUUGAUAGCAUGGAUGAAAUUAUAUUGUACAAUAGUUCUACGGAAGACGAAUCAGUCCGUUCUAAGCGUAAGUCGGCAUUAAUGCAUCGUCGUAGGACUGAGUCCCGCAACUUCGUAUUUCGUCAUUACCGAUCCUUGUGGCAUGCCAUAUUCCACAAACCUCGUAUGACAUUUACGGACAUUCUAACAUAUUUGCCAGCAGAACACGAUUCCGUGGCCCUUAAAGAUGUCUCCGUUGCACAGUCUGGUGCCAGCAACACUAAGUUUAUUUUGAAGAACGUCAACGGCACUUCAACUGCGGGUGAUAUCAUCGGUAUCGUUGGACGUACCGGCGCUGGUAAGACUACAUUAUUCAGGGCGCUGCAAAACAUUGCUCGUCAUCGUCAGGGUUCUGUUUUGCUUGACGGCCGUGAAAUGAAUGAUAUUCCUCGUGUCAUUUUGCGCCAAGUGAUUGGUGUAUUACCUCAAAUUCCGUUUGUUUUCAAAGGUUGGACCCUUCGCCGUUUUCUUGACCCCCGCAUGUUAUACUCGGACGAUGAAAUCGUGAGCGCCUUGGAAUGUUGUGGUUUACUUGAUCUUGUAAAAACUCUUCCUGUAGAUAACUUUUUGGACGCGAUUAUGGUUGAGGAUGAUGCCCGCGUGCCAGGUGGUUUGUAUCUGGUCCCCCCUCUAUUGAGGCUGCGCAAAGGUAAAGGUGAGGGACUAGUGAUUGAGACCCCGGCUUCUAACGAAACCGAUGGAAAUGGCGAUACACCUCGUCAAUUCUUCUCCUUUUCACAGUUACACAUGUUGUCGUUCUCCCGCCUGUUACUCUACCGUAACCACUUCCGUAUUUUAUUGGUGGACGAGCCUCCGUCUGAGAAUUGUGCCGAUGAAGGUGCUGAAGAGCUUUCGGGAGACGGAGCUGAACUUGAAGGAUUCCUGCCUGUGUAUGACCUUGUAAAACAAUACUUCAAACACUGUACUACCUUCAUUGUUUCUCACGACAGGCGUGCGUUACGUUGUUGUCAACACAUUUGGUUCAUGGAAAAUGGUGAGAUCACCCGCAUUGUUUCCGGUGAAGCUAACGUGACGGAAUAUUUGAAAACCAAGUGA